AAAAAUGACAAUAAACAAAUCGGCAUUGCAGAGUCAAGCAUUGAGAAUAAAAGUUCAAAUGUAACCUAAAGUGAAAAAGUACCAAAACAGUCGUCUUAUAAAUAUAUAAAACGUGUUCCAAAGUCUGACUUCAGCGUUAAAACAAUGGGACUUUGUAAUUUAUAUAGUCACAGUGUUGAGAUAAAAUACAAAAGUUAUUUUCUAUCAAAAGCAACUUUAUUUACAUUAAUUAUUACGGCUUUGAAUAUAAUUUUACCGUUUAUUGUGGCUUAUAGGAGUAGAGGGUUUUGGCUCAAGUCACACAGUUUUUAUGAACAGCCAGUUGUACGUCCUACAUAUGAAUACUUAUUGGUAGUCACAACACUGGAUCCUAGUGAAUCCAUUAUUUGUGGUGAUGCCACGAACUUAAAACUGGAUAAAUUGAAUGAUGAAAACUGUGCAGAAACUCAAAUCCAAGAGUACGAUUAUAAUGCUGAUGGUAGAUCUGACAUGCUACAUUUUCAGUUUGCCUUUAAUGUGCCACCAAAACAUGCAAUUACAUCAAUUGUUUUAAUUUUAGGAAUAGAUUUACAGUUACAGACAAACUGUGAAAUGCACAUGCAAGCACUAGCGACAAUAAAUAGCCAAUUUGUAAUUCCACCAUCUAGAUUCCACUACAAUGGAGACCUAAAAUUUUAUCAAAAGUCACAUUUACCAUGCUUAAAAAAUGUUAUAGAUACAAGAUAUAAUAUCUCAUUAUUUAAUAUUCCUUAUAAGCAAGGAGAUUUUAUACAGCACAUAUUGCAAAAAUACUUCAAAAGAACAGCAACAACACAGGUAAAAAAACUAUUCUCCAUCAGUCACACUGGCAACACUGAAGUUUUAAAUAUAAAUAUCCACUUAGAAGUGCCGGAGAUGCACAUUAGAUAUCAACCAAGUAUAAUGCAAGAAUUCAAAUGGGCUUGGCCACAAUAUCUUUCGCUUGUGGUAAUAUUUUACUGGUUAUUCAAUGAAAUAAAGAAGUUUGUAUUCUACAAACGUUUGUUAAUGGCUUGGGAAGUUGUGCCAUGGAAGGUGAGAUAAGAAGAUUGAUUAGUAUAAUAAUGAGCUAUGUAUAGUCAUGACAUAAUUCUGUACACAAAAUGAUGGCCAAGUUAACAUGUUCAGUGCCACUGUAUUAUCCGACAAGUUAUUUUAAUAUUAAUAAAUCACAGUGGUAAGGAAUAUGUUGAUUUUCUUUAUCAUGUGAUGAAGUAAUGCAGGCUUGAUGUCCAUUCCUUUAAAAGUUAUUUUAAAAAUAGAAUUAUAAUUUAAAUUAAGUUUAAGAGGUUCCAGGUAUUAUUAGUAUUUCACUUAAGUAGUUUUAGACAAUAUUAGUUAAAAAUCAUUUGAAGCGAAUGGUGUACUUUUGUUACCAAGUCAAUUGUCUGAUCAAUUAGUGAGGGGACAUAAGCUUUGAUAUUUUAAUAAGAUUAGUGUUGUGCCGAUACACCGGAACAGUGCCAGAG